AAGUGGUCGCCACUACAAAAGGCAGCCCUGAAACGUCUUCACUGGGCUUAUUUCAGGAGUGUGAAACAUGAGUCCCAAAGCAAAGAAGACAAGUGUUGCACUUUGCUGGGCCACAGCGCUUCUUCUGACUUGCACUUUGAAGGUGGACUCUUACCGUCUGAGGAAGGCAGAUCACAGGAAAGAUGCUCCAGAGGUCAAGGCCGCAGGCCUGAGACGGGGCAGAAUUGUAUUUGGGAAGAACCCUCAGGCCAUGGACGCCAAGACAUCAAACUCUUCUGACAACAAUUACCAAGCUGAUGUUCCUGCAGCACCAGUGCAGCAGGAAGCAUUAUGGAGUUCUCUGGAUUGUGCUGCUGAGCAGAUGAAGCUGAGGGUCCAAGCACCAGGACUUCAACACAUCAGUGUGCAGCAAGCUAAUGGCCGUCCGUUGCCUUUGUCCCUCGUGCCUCCAACCUGUGGCUACAACAUGCUCUGGAACUCUGGUGGGUUCCUCAUGUUGGUUCCUUAUGGUGGCUGCCACAUGCUUCAACAGGGGGGAAGUUUUGUGCUGCCAAUGCUUUGGCAGGAACUUCCUGUGUCUCUCUGGUGCCCCAAACCUCCUGGGACAACUGCAGCGCCAUCAGAUCUUCAAGUCCAAGUCCCUCCUUUUCUGCUCCACAACCCGGAGAUGCCUACUUGGCCCCAAGCCCGAGUUGCACCCGUCGUCCCUCAGAGCCGCAAGUCGCCCUCUGAACCCCAGGUCCAAACCCUCCCCUCUGGGCCUCAGUACAGCAAGUUGCCUUCAGAGCCCCGGGUCCAAAUGAUCCCACCCGGGUCGGACUUCCCCGUGGCCGCUGUACCGCAGGACCCUAAGUUACCCCCUGACUCCCACGUCCACACCCUUCCCCCCGGGUCUCUGCUUCCCUUCCCACCAGUGCCUCAUAACUACAUGAUGCACCAGGUCCCAAUGGGGCACACAGCUCCUCAGAAACCCUAUGUUCAUCAACAUCACACGGUGCCACAAGUGGGUCAGUACUCUCUCUUCAAUCCUCAUGCCUGGCAUUUUGUGGGAUAUCAGCCACCUCCUGGGAAACACCCACCCACCCAGAAGGACCCUAGAAAUCCAGGAAUGCAGUCACAUAUUCCCUAUUUUCACUGGCAUCCUCACUACCCUCACUACCCUCUCAAUGACCCUCACUACCCUCUCAAUGACCCUCACUACCCUCUCAAUGACCCUCACUACCCUCUCAAUGACCCUCACUACCCUCUCAAUGACCCUCACUACCCUCUCAAUGACCCUCACUACCCUCUCAAUGAACCUCAUUACCCUCCCAGUGACCCUCACUACGCUCCAAAGCAGACUAGAAGACCAGGACCAACCACAACUGCAGCACCUUUCCAGAUCCCCCCAGAGCUAAUUCCCUCUUAUCGGGACUUCAUGGCGAUGCUUGAUGCUCAAUGAAUGUGGCUCCAAUAAAUGUGUUAAAAAAAACCAAAAAAGCUACCCUGGUACUUGUGUCAUCUUCUGUAACUAUUCUGGAAAUGGAGCACGUACUAUAGUCAAAUGUUAUGUUAGAUGUGUACCAUUGCAGUGUUUUGCUACAUUUGAGUAAGCUAACAUACCCAGAGACGUCCUAGCCUUCUAGCACACAUAAUUCAACUAAAUGUUCUUUUUCUGUAGUGACAUCUUUAUUGGAUCAUUACGUUGAAAAAUAGGUGUUAUUUCUAGAAUCGGUCUGAGCCUGUUCUCUGCCAUGUUCGAUGCACCUACCCAAGAAAAUUAUAAAUGUCUAAAUUGUUUUCAUAUUUCAAUUUAUUAACUAAAAUGUGUAAUGUUUGCAGUGAAGUUCUAUAGAUCAGUGUUGAACCAUAGGGCCAGGGCCCAUUGAGCCGCGAGCGCCCUCUC